GACUCGUCGCCAUCAUCAGCCAAAACGCAUAGCCCCGUACGGAGGCGAAAUUGAGCUCCAGGGCGCGGAAGGGAACCUUUGCUCCAUUGGUGAUUGAGCAUAGAUCUACUGCGGCGUGUUUGGAAAUGCAAUGAGCCACAUCUUCCUUCAGACAUAUGAGUUCUUGGAUCGACUGGUUGCUUUGGACCACAUGCCGAUUGUGGGACCUGGGCCGGCAGUGCUUGGCAUGCUGUGAACUGGGAGUUGCGCAAGGCCCUUGAAACCCCGGCUUGGCCGGAGCUGGCUUUGCCUCCUUUGCCGUCUUCGUCAACCCGAUCCCAACCGCUCCCCAUCCGCCAGCCGAGUUGCUGUCCACCAACGUAGUUGCCAAUGCAGAGCGCCGUCGAUUACAACCAGCUCGCCGACGUGGCCGCCAGAGGCGCCGAUGCAUUUGUCGAAACGUUCUACAAGCUCUGGGACACGCAGCGACAUCUGCUGAUACGAUUGUACAAGGAUACCACCCCGAUUCUCUUCAAUGGCAUGCCCUUUAGCGGCGGAUCCAGCUUCGAGGAGCAUUAUCAACGCCUGCCGGCCACGGUCCACGAAAUUCAAUCGUAUGACUGCCAUCCGCUCUACUUUGGACAGGAGCGAGCCGACAUCGUCAUUACCGUCACAGGGAUCGUCAAGUUUGGCGCCUCCGUUGGCAGACCUUUCUCAGAGACCUUUCUGCUGACCCCCGAGACAGAUCCCGGCAAGAAGGGCACUUACUUUAUCGGCUCGGACUGCCGACGCUUUGUCUAGCAAAACCUGGAUGGCACUCGAGAUCCAGGCUCAUUGCCUGGAGUCAUCAUCGUGCAGUUUCAUUCAGAACGAGGCGGGCCGGCACCCAUCUGCGUUAUUUUGUUAGUUUGGGGGACCGUAGUCUUGGGAAUAGAAUAUGCAUUUGGCCAUCCGGACAGGC